UAAAAGGCAUUAAACUAAAGUAAACAUUCAUAAUAUCCUGAGCCUUCACUGUACACUGACGAAUUCCAUUAUCACUGAUAAUAGAGUGAUGAUUAUUUGGUUUCAUUACUUUAUAGUCUCCCUCUUAACUUAAAAAUAUUAAGUAAUAAUAAUCUUAUUAGGUAGCCGCUGGGCAAGGAUGUUUUUAGAUUGUGACUGAUAAGAGAAUUAAAGUGAAAAUAAAGUACAAGUGGCUUUUGAAAGAAUUUAUAAUGGUAAUGUGAUCAUGGGUAUGGCUUAUGGUAAGGUAAUUUUAGUGGCAUGCCUACAUAUGAAGUCAUUCACUACUAUGCUUUAUAUAUGUUGACUAAUGUUAAAGACCUAUACCCUCCUUGAUAUAAGAUAUCCAACAAAAAUGCUUCAAACCCAACCACAAAUAUAACAAGACCCAGAUAAAACAGGUAUUUUUAGUCUAUUUGAAGUAACUGUAACCAGAUAGAGCCAAUUGAAGGUUGAUAGUAAGAGUUCUUGAUGAUAGUGAAGCUGUAACAUGUCAAACUCUAUUUCCACUAAAUUUGCAGCAGUCUGCUGCUUAUUUGUUGUAGCUGUCAUCAGUCAAGGAGCUGUUGCAAACAAUCUGCAGAAAAGUCUACUUGCUAAAUUUUCUAAGGAGCACGACACUCGUCAGGAUGAUGACAUUGAUGAAUGCUGCACUACCUUUAAUGACAGCUUGCCUCAAAGCUGUAACGCAACUAUACUAUUUGAUCUUGACCUAACCUCUGAUCUUAGUGAUGCCCAGCUAGCUAAAAUAAAUCCAGCUUUCUCCAGAAACUGCAUCUCUUCCUGCCUUGACCCAUUGGUUACAUUCUUACGCUGCCGAGGAAUGGCAAAUAAUGAUUCUUCUGCUGCAAUAAAUUUUGAAACAGAAUUUCUUCAAAAUGGAGUUUGCGGACAAGAGAAUGGAGACUAUUGUCGUGUUCUACUUGCUCGAGAGAAUCGUACCAACAGUGUUGCAUUUGAUCAAAUUGAUGGUGCUUGCUAUUCCAUUAAUACUGGAAUAGUCUGCAACAGUACAACCUCUGCUAAGUGUCUCGAUAGUCUUACUAGGGUUGCUUCAUUGAUUGGUUGCUGUGCUCGUCCUUUAAUUGGAUCUGGUAUUGAUAGCUGCAGUGGAGUCAAUGCAGGCCCUUCAUGCAAUAAUAUUAUGAGUCCUGCUAACAAGGUUUAUCCUCUUGCUACAGUCUCAUUCAUUGCCGUGAUUCUCCUUGCUUUUUUCUUUUAAAACUUUCAUGCUUUAAGGCUUUUUUCUUUUUUGAGUUAUUUAAUCUAGAUAUAGAUUUCUAGUUUAUUGCUGUUGUUAUUUUAGGCCUAUUAAUUUUUAAUGUUGUAGUUGUUGUAGAUCUAAUAGUGAUUUUGUCUUUGAAAUUAAAUAAUUUUUCUGCUAUUGUUAUUGUGAAACAAAUCAUAUAACAUAAAUU